AACUCGGGGAAAAAACUGAGCGGAUUUUCGAAAGUUGGUGACAGAAAGUCCGGAGUAGCCUCCUUGAUGGUUAGCAGGUCUCCCCUUGUGUAAGUGAGUCGUGUAAGGUCUCCAAAGACGGACGAAAAACACAAAAACGAAGACAAUACUAGAGAGCGCGUUACCGAGGCGGCCACACUGGUAGGCGCCAUCCUGAAUAUAAUGACGUCCUCGUGUCAUGCUCAACUGGUUCAUCUUUGUCUAUUUAGACGAUAUCCUCAUCUUCUGUCACUCUCUGGAAGAACAUCGCCAACGUGUCCUUCAACGCCUCCUUGAGAACCACCUCUUUGUAAAACCAGAAAAGUGUGACUUCCACCUCUCCUCCGUACACUUUCUGGGUUAUAUCAUUGCUAGAGGACAACUGUAACUUGACCCGGCAAAAAUCAAAGCAGUCGUCAACUGGCCUAUUUCCUCCACCCCAAGGAACUGCAACGUUUUCUAGGUUUCGCAAACUUUUACCGAAGAUUCAUCUGCGAUUACAGUAAAGUGGCAGUCCGUCUCAGCCCACCAGCUCUCCCUUUCAGUGGACCCCGGCUGCGUCUCAAACCUUCGAACACCUAAAAAUUAUUCACCAGUGCCCCCAUCCUAAGACACCCAGACCCUCCCUCCAAUUUGUUGUGGAGAUUGACACCUCUGACACUGGAGCCGUUCUCUCCCAGAAAAACCUUGAAUGCCAAAAACGUCAUCCCUGUGCCUUCUUUUCCCGUCGCCUCUCAAUUAUGACGUCAGAAAUCGGGAGCUGCUAGCUAUCGUAUAGGCUCUCGAAGAAUGGAGGCAUUGGCUGCAGGGGACCGUUAGUCCAUUUAUCAUCUGGACCGACCGCAAUAAUCUUGCUUACCUCCGUUCAGCUAAGCGGUUGAACCCCCGUCAAGCUCGUUCGGUAUUAUUCUUCAGCUGGCUUAACUUCAGCCUCUCCUUGCGCCCUUGUUCCCGUAACGGAAAGCCUGAUACCUUCUCUCGCCUCCACCCAUCCCAAGACCGGACAUCCUAACCGGCUGUUCGUGGCCAACUCUGACGUCCUUCAGUGGGCCCACAAUUCCAAGCUUACCUAUCACCCGCACCAUCCAGUUCUUUCAGCAACACCUCUGGUGGCCCAGUCUGGUUAAAGACACCAAAAUUUGUCCUUGCCUGCUUCGUCUUUGCCCAAGGGAAAAGUUCACAUCUGUCCCCAGGUGGUGUGCUGCGCCCCUUACCCAUCUCGAGCCCCCCUUGGUCCCACAUCGCCUUGGACUUAGUUACCGGCCUGCCCCCCUCUGAAGGUAACACCAUCAUUCUUACCGUUAUCGAUUGUGUGUCCAUUACAGACCCCUUCCCGAGUUGCCCUCUGCCUUUGAGACCACUAACCUCCUCGUCCUGCAUGUGUUUAAGCUCCACAGCAUUCCGAGGUCCUAAAUUAUCCUCCCAGGAUUGGAAGGAAUUCUGUAAGGCGGUGGCCGCAGCAGCCAGUCUGUCCUCUGAUUACCAUCCACAAGCUAACGCCCAGACGGCAUGGGCGAAUCAGAAUCUGGAGUCCGCCCUACGUUGCAUGGCUGCACGCAACCCUGCCUCCUGGAGCACCUUUCCCCCGUGGGUGGAAUAUGGCCAUAAUUCCCUCACCAGCUCCGCCACAGGUAUGUCUCUAUUCAUGACUUGUUAUGGUUUCCAACCACCCCUGUUUAAGGAACAAGAGCACACUGUGGCGGUUCCUUCGGUGGGGGAGCACCUACGAUGGGUGCAAUCCAUUUGGAACAACGUCAGGGUUGCCUUGAGUCGGACAGCCGAAAGGAACAAGCGGUUGGCGUACUUGCAUCGCUCCCCUACACCUGUUUACAAGGCACUGGGCAACUAUAGAGAACUUCUUCAAGAGAACUUGCUCCAGAGUGCUCUGGAACUCAGACUGUAGCAGCCUGUGAAGGUCCUCGAGAUGCCCAGCCAGAGCCCGGACUUCAAUCCAAUCGAACAAAGACCUAAAAAUGGCUGUCCACCAACGCUGCCCAUCCAACCUGACUGACCUUGAGAAGAUCUGCAUCGAAGAAUGGGGGACAAAAUGCCCCAAAACAGAUGUGGAGGCACAGUAGGAGCCAUAUUGACUUGCCCACUGGAAGUAGUGAAGACGCGUCUGCAGUCAUCAUCCAUCAGUCUCUAUGUUUCUGAGGUUCAGCUGAGUGCAGUCAAUGGGGCCAGUAUGGCCCGGAUGUCCCCACCAGGUCCCCUGCACUGCCUCAAAUUAAUAUUAGAGAAGGAAGGACCCCGCUCACUCUUCAGAGGCUUGGGACCAAACCUGGUGGGUGUGGCACCUUCCAGAGCCAUCUACUUCGCUGCUUACUCCACAGCCAAAGAGAAAUUGAACAAUAUACUGGAACCUGACGCCACACAGGUUCACAUGGUCUCUGCUGGAAUGGCAGGUUUUACAGCCAUUACGGCAACCAAUCCAAUAUGGCUUAUAAAGACUCGUCUACAGCUCGAUGCCAGAAAUCGAGGGGAGCGCAGGAUGAGCGCAUUUGAAUGUGUGCGCCGGGUGUAUCAGUCAGAUGGCCUACGAGGCUUCUACAGGGGCAUGUCGGCAUCUUAUGCUGGCAUCUCAGAGACUGUGGUUCACUUUGUGAUCUAUGAAAACAUCAAACGGCGACUCUUGGAUGCCAAAGCCCCCCAGAACAUGGACGAGCAAGAGGAGGUAUCCAAGGAUGCCUCAGACUUUGUGGGGAUGAUGCUUGCUGCUGCCACUUCCAAGACAUGUGCCACAACCAUUGCUUAUCCACAUGAAGUCAUCCGCACACGGCUACGUGAGGAGGGCACCAAAUAUCGCUCCUUCUUCCAGACUUUAACAACAGUUCCCAGAGAGGAGGGCUUUCGCGCCCUAUACCGCGGCCUCACCACCCACUUGGUACGACAGAUCCCCAACACCGCCAUCAUGAUGUGCACCUAUGAGAUGGUGGUCUACAUCCUGAAUGGUUAAAGUCAUUACUCCUUUACUACGACUCGUCCUUGUAAUCCAGCCUUUGUUCAGUGUUGGAGAAAAAAAAACGAUGGAAAAACUGCUUACAAGCUACAACAAAUGCUCACCAGAUGACAGAGGCAGCUUCUCAACAUUAUCUGAGUGAUGAUUUAUAGUGGCAAGUUUUCUUUUAGCACCAAAUGCACAAGAAAGAUACACACACCGAUUUGGGGUGUUGCAGUACAAACAAGCCCUUCCUCAUCCAUUACUAUUGCUACUUCUCCCACUUCCCCAGUACUAAUUCAUAAAAUUGUAGUUGCAUUUACUUAAAAAGUAGUAAUGCCUACUGACUUAUCUUUUGAAGUCUGGAGCUUUGAUCCGUCCUUUGUGUUGUCAAAUUCGAAGUGAAGCAAAACAACGAGCAAUUUGAUGCUUGUAGCAUUUUGAGUGAAAUGGUAGACUGAGGGGGAAUGUGCCUUGUGUAAAAACAAGAUGUAAAUUGGAAUGCACAUGAUUGUAGAGGGAUGUGAAGCUCUGGUUAACAGAACUCAUCACAGUUUGAAGUAUUAUAGUUGCACACAGGUGUUGUGGAGAUUGAGGCACUUAAGGAAACUUUUCGUCGUGAAUAUACAGUCAAGAUGACUUGGGUUUUGCAACCACCUAACCCUUCUGCUUUUACUUUUCAUUCAUUUAGAACUUUCUCAUCUACACAAAACCACAAGGAGACAAGCUGCUUGAAUUUGAAUACAGUAAUAAUAAUAUCCAUCAGUAUACUGUGUUCAAAUCUCCCCAAAAAAAAAAACAUUACUUGCCUGCUUUAUAACUACUGGAAUUUAAAACACUGACCUAGUUUGUUAAUAAAUAUUCGUAAAUUAACUAAGUUUUAACAAAUUGUAAUAUUUGAAAUAUUAAAUAUAUUUGCUUAAUAUAAUUCCAUUUGUCUGACUGGUAAGGCAAAUGAAAACCAUCGGUGUAUCUUGAGUAGAGAGAGCAUUUGCUCUCCAGUUGUGAAAAUGUUUUCCCCACCUGUUUUCAUGGUGUCUCUCGAGGUUUUUCUUCAAUUUUCAUUCCAUUUAUAUUAAGAAAAUCCAGGCUCUUUGUUCAAGGGCAGUACUCUCAGUGUUCCCCUGGAAUUUUGAGGUUCAGUUUGUAUUGAUAAAUAAGAAGUAAUGAUUGUCUUAAACGCACAAUAAUAAAUAUGUUCUAAUCGCUGAGCAGUCGUUUUAUACCUUUCAUUUCAGUUCAUUGCUGGUUAUAUGUAAUUUCAAACAAUAUUGGUCACCUGUUAACAAAGAUUAAGACAUACUAAACUAUUAACAUAUUCAAUGUUCUCACCACCUAUAGUUCACAGACCAAAUCGACAUUUCUAACAACCAGUAAAUAUAAUUGUCCAUUUUUGCUGUUGGCCCGCGACCAGUUCGGGGUGUACCCUGCCUCUUACCAGAAAGUCAGCUGAGAUAGGCGCCAGCACACCCGUGAACCUAGUGAGGACAAGCGGUUCAGAAAAUGGAUGGAUGUUUAAUUGGCUACAUUUCAAAUGUCUGGCUUCGAUGAAAGGGGAGUUCUGGCAUGACCUUUUAAGUGAAUAUGCGUCAGAUAGUAGAAAGUGCCCAGGUGUGUGACCGCAAACUCUAUCAGAUGCUGUGAAGAGUGCAUUAAAUUAGCCUCAUUGUAAGCAUUCUUACAUACACUAACAUCAACACACACGCAAUUUGGGUGACCGAGCGAGUUGUUGCUGGCUCUGCUUGAACUGGGUUUAAAGUUGGUCAGUCAUACAGCCUAAUGUCUGAUGUAGUUUGGCUGAAUUCAUUUGACCAGAUCUUAAAAACCCGAUUGGCUCAUCCAAUAAAAGAAAGAUGCUAAAGUCUGUCUGAAAAUUACAAGUUAAAAUUAUUUGAAUUGCUCUGUGCCAUGAGGAGUAAAAUGUUCUUUUACUUCUUCUGAUUCUUCUUUUCAGUAAUUUCAAAUGAACUGCAAAUAUAUCAAUACACAAUGCAUCUUUUCCAACUAUAUUCUACAGCAUGUCUGCCUGCUGUUCAUGUAGUCUCCCCAUCAUCCAAUGGUUAUUGUUUUUCACCCAUGUUUGCAUCGUGUCCUGGUGAAUGUAUGUGUUGUGUGUGUUUGCCCAAAUGACAAGCUGAUGUCAUUCUGUCAUGUGUUGAGCAUAAGAGACUAGGAAUUACAGUAUGUAUGCACUCAGUUAAGGAACUGCAGGUUUUUAUCCUUUUCAAUAAAUGGUUGCCUUUUUCCUGCUGACCUUUUUCCAUGUUGUUGGUGAGCCAAUUUUAAGUGUGGCUCUGUCUAUGCAUUCCGUCACAACUUGUUUUAUCAAACAAGUCAAUAAACUGGAAAUAAUACAA